CUUUAUCAUUUCAUACACCAACCAAUAUUUUCCUUUUCUUUCUCUCUGCAAAAAAAACACAAAUUGAAAAAGAAAAAAAAAGAUCCAUAAAUAUGAAUUACAACUAAAAAAAAAUAAAAAAAAUCCCUUUUCUCUUCAUCAACAAAUGUUUUAUGUCUUUCACUUCCUUUCAAAAAUCAAGAUAUUCUAUCUUCAUUCGUGGCCAUGAAAACAGAGCAAAAAUUAUCCAAGUCUUCGUGGACUAAAGUAGUAGUUAGGAAAUGGUUGAAUUUGAGGAGCAAAUCUGAGGAAUUUCAUUCAGAUCAUAUAAUAGAUGUGAUGGGUGGUAGAGGAGAAAGAAGAAGGAAGAGUUGCUCCGACGACGGGGGUUGCGCCGUCGUGCCGGAGGAAUUAUCCGAAAGUUGGUUGAUGGAAAGAAAUAGAGGAAUUGAAGAGCCAAUGACUUCUACUCAUCAAAACCUUAGGUAA